AUGGCGACAGAAGAUCAGCCCCAGGCUGCCAUGAGCACACCGGAAAAAUCUCCUACAGAAGCCACCUCUGUUCAGGCGCCAAAACAGCCUCCAGAAUUCAACGAACAAACCAACUAUGUACCAGUCAAGACGAUCAUUACGAUUUUCCUUGCUUGCGCGAGCGUCGACUUGCUGGCCUUGAUGGAUCAAACAACACUUGCAGCUAGCUUGACCAUCGUCAGCAAGGAUCUCAACGCCAGUAACGAAAGCGCGUGGAUCGCAGGCGCAUACUUCUUGACGUCCACGUCAUUCCAACUCCUCUACGGGCGGCUUUCUGACAUUUGGUCCCGCAAGGUGCUCUUAGUUAUCGGCAUUGGCAUCUUCUUUCUCGGCUCGCUAGCCGCUUCCUUGGCACAGUCCGCCCUGCAGCUGAUCGUCUUCCGUGCAUUCAUGGGCGUUGGAGGUGGCGGCCUCAUGACGGUUGCUCAGAUGAUCGUAUCGGACAUUGUGCCUCUUCGCGAGAGGGGAAAAUAUCAGGGUAUACUUGGCUCUGUUGUAGCUCUGGCGAAUGGCAUUGGGCCAGUGAUAGGUGGUGCACUCGCUUCCCAAAGCCACGAUUCUUGGAGGUGGAUCUUCCGGCUGAACUUAUUCCUAUGCGUUCUUACCACUGGCUCCGUCAUGUUCUUCAUGCCACUCAGAAAGGUCGACGGUAGUUGGAAAAGGAAAUUAGCAGCAAUCGACUUCUUCGGAGCGUUCCUCGCUCUCGCUGGGUCUGCGUUGCUCGUACUCGCCUUGACAUGGGCUGGGGGAGAGUACGCUUGGGGAUCGGCGCAUGUCAUUGCAACCCUGGUAGUUGGCAUUGCAGUCUCAGCUAUCUUCGUCGCGUGGCAGUGGAAAGGCACCAGCGUGCCAUUGAUACCGAUGACCAUCUUCACAUCCAAAGUCGUUAACGGUGCCGCGCUAACCAUGUUCGUGAACGGCUGGAACUUUCUUGUUCAGGUCUACUACAUUCCUUCAUUCUACCAAUUGGUCUAUGGCUACUCAGCCGUGAAGUCCGGAGCACUACUACUCCCCAUCACGCUCACACAAACUCUCUUCAGCACCCUGUCAGGCCUUAUUGUACACUGGACCGGUCGUUACAGAGAGUGCCUACUGGUAGGCUGGGCGAUAUGGGCGAUUGGUCUGGGCCUGAUAUCGACACUCGAUAGCCCGUCUCUCGGAAAGCAGAUAGGCUAUGGCCUGCUCGCUGGUCUUGGUCUUGGCAACACACUGCAACCUUCACUCAUCGCUGUUCAGGCGGGGGUAGAGCGCAAACACAUGGCUGUCGUCACCUCGACGCGCAACUUCGUACGCAAUCUUGGCGGCACCCUUGGCCUCGCGAUCUCAGGCACCGUGAUCAACAACGCGAUUCGAUCAUCACUGGCUCCGUAUGGGCUUUCGAGGCCAGAGAUCCGGCUGUUGCUGGAUUCGCCAGACAUGUUUCGGGAGUCAGUUGGCCAAGAGCGUACCGAUCUUGUCAGAGCUGCACUUGCAGCAGCGUAUCAGCAGGGCUUCCGGAUUGUUUUCAUCGUCGGCGCAGUGCUUAAUGCGCUCGCUUUCAUCGCUGCUUGGUUCUUGAUGCCUCAGGUGGAGUUGAGCAGAAAGGACGAUGCCCAACUGAAAGAGGAAGGCAAGAAGAGGGACGAGGAAAAGCGCGGCACAACUUCCCCUGCAUAA